AUGAAUGCACAGAAAGCCCUGGACACCAUUGGGAAGAGCCGUCGUUUCUUCAGCCCACUCACGCAUCACCCUGUGUCUUUGGUUUGCGCUCCGCCCUUCCACCUUCUCCCCUCCCCUCGCCUGCUCUCUGCAGAUCCCUUUUCAAUGAAUGCACAGAAGGCCCUGGACACCAUUGGGAAGAGCCGUCGUUUCUUCAGCCCACUCACGCAUCACCCUGUGUCUUUGGUUUGCGCUCCGCCCUUCCACCUUCUCCCCUCCCCUCGCCUGCUCUCUGCAGAUCCCUUUUCAAUGAAUGCACAGAAAGCCCUGGACACCAUUGGGAAGAGCCGUCGUUUCUUCAGCCCACUCACGCAUCACCCUGUGUCUUUGGUUUGCGCUCCGCCCUUCCACCUUCUCCCCUCCCCUCGCCUGCUCUCUGCAGAUCCCUUUUCAAUGAAUGCACAGAAGGCCCUGGACACCAUUGGGAAGAGCCGUCGUUUCUUCAGCCCACUCACGCAUCACCCUGUGUCUUUGGUUUGCGCUCCGCCCUUCCACCUUCUCCCCUCCCCUCGCCUGCUCUCUGCAGAUCCCUUUUCAAUGAAUGCACAGAAGGCCCUGGACACCAUCGGGAAGAACCUUCAGGCGCAGUACGAGCGCUGGCAACCCAAGGCGCGCUACAAGGUGCAGCUGGACCCGACAGUGGAGGAGGUGAAGAAGCUGUGCCUGACGUGCAGGCGCAACGCCAAGGCGGAGAGAGUUCUCUUCCACUACAACGGCCACGGCGUGCCCAAGCCCACGGGCAACGGGGAAAUCUGGGUGUUCAACAAGACAUACACGCAGUACAUCCCUCUGUCCGUGUAUGAAUUGGACUCGUGGCUGGCGACCCCCUCCAUCUACGUCUUUGACUGCUCUGCUGCCGGCAUGAUCAUCAACGCGUUUGUCGAGGUAGCUCGACUCGUGGCGACCCCCUCCAUCCACGUCUUUGACUGCUCUGCCGCUGGCAUGAUCAUCAACGCGUUCGUGGAGUACAUCCCGCUCUCCGUGUACGAGCUCGACUCGUGGCUCGCCACGCCCUCCAUCUAUGUGUUUGACUGCUCUGCCGCUGGCAUGAUCAUCAACGCGUUUGUUGAGGUGAGGGGGAUUCUGACCUGUGCUGUGCAGUGCAGAUACGGUGCAUUGCAGCAGCAGCAGCAGCAGCAGCAGCAGCAGCAGCAGCAGCAGCAGCAGCAGCAGCAGCAGCAGCAGCAGCAGCAGCAGCAGCAGCAGCAGCAGCAGCAGCAGCAGCAGCAGCAGCAGCAGCAGCAGCAGCAGCAGCAGCAGCAGCAGCAGCAGCAGCAGCAGCAGCAGCAGCAGCAGCAGCAGCAGCAGCAGCAGCAGCAGCAGCAGCAGCAGCAGCAGCAGCAGCAGCAGCAGCAGCAGCAGCAGCAGCAGCAGCAGCAGCAGCAGCAGCAGCAGCAGCAGCAGCAGCAGCAGCAGCAGCAGCAGCAGCAGCACAGCAGCAGCAGCAGCAGCAGCAGCAGCAGCAGCAGCAGCAGCAGCAGCAGCAGCAGCAGCAGCAGCAGCACAGCAGCAGCAGCAGCAGCAGCAGCAGCAGCAGCAGCAGCAGCAGCAGCAGCAGCAGCAGCAGCAGCAGCAGCAGCAGCAGCAGCAGCAGCAGCAGCAGCAGCAGCAGCAGCAGCAGCAGCAGCAGCAGCAGCAGCAGCAGCAGCAGCAGCAGCAGCAGCAGCAGCAGCAGCAGCAGCAGCAGCAGCAGCAGCAGCAGCAGCAGCAGCAGCAGCAGCAGCAGCAGCAGCAGCAGCAGCAGCAGCAGCAGCAGCAGCAGCAGCAGCAGCAGCAGCAGCAGCAGCAGCAGCAGCAGCAGCAGCAGCAGCAGCAGCAGCAGCAGCAGCAGCAGCAGCAGCAGCAGCAGCAGCAGCAGCAGCAGCAGCAGCAGCAGCAGCAGCAGCAGCAGCAGCAGCAGCAGCAGCAGCAGCAGCAGCAGCAGCAGCAGCAGCAGCAGCAGCAGCAGCAGCAGCAGCAGCAGCAGCAGCAGCAGCAGCAGCAGCAGCAGCAGCAGCAGCAGCAGCAGCAGCAGCAGCAGCAGCAGCAGCAGCAGCAGCAGCAGCAGCAGCAGCAGCAGCAGCAGCAGCAGCAGCAGCAGCAGCAGCAGCAGCAGCAGCAGCAGCAGCAGCAGCAGCAGCAGCAGCAGCAGCAGCAGCAGCAGCAGCAGCAGCAGCAGCAGCAGCAGCAGCAGCAGCAGCAGCAGCAGCAGCAGCAGCAGCAGCAGCAGCAGCAGCAGCAGCAGCAGCAGCAGCAGCAGCAGCAGCAGCAGCAGCAGCAGCAGCAGCAGCAGCAGCAGCAGCAGCAGCAGCAGCAGCAGCAGCAGCAGCAGCAGCAGCAGCAGCAGCAGCAGCAGCAGCAGCAGCAGCAGCAGCAGCAGCAGCAGCAGCAGCAGCAGCAGCAGCAGCAGCAGCAGCAGCAGCAGCAGCAGCAGCAGCAGCAGCAGCAGCAGCAGCAGCAGCAGCAGCAGCAGCAGCAGCAGCAGCAGCAGCAGCAGCAGCAGCAGCAGCAGCAGCAGCAGCAGCAGCAGCAGCAGCAGCAGCAGCAGCAGCAGCAGCAGCAGCAGCAGCAGCAGCAGCAGCAGCAGCAGCAGCAGCAGCAGCAGCAGCAGCAGCAGCAGCAGCAGCAGCAGCAGCAGCAGCAGCAGCAGCAGCAGCAGCAGCAGCAGCAGCAGCAGCAGCAGCAGCAGCAGCAGCAGCAGCAGCAGCAGCAGCAGCAGCAGCAGCGGCAGCGGGCAUGCGCGAUCGAAUACUGCUGGCAGCGUGCGGGCCAGAGGAGAUUCUCCCUCAGCCGCCUGAUCUGCCAGCUGACCUCUUCACUGCAUGCCUCACCAAGCCUAUCAAGAUCGCCCUCCGGUGCGCAUUCCUGGAGCGCAUUCCGAGGUGGCAGAAUGAGUGCAACUCGACCGACCCUCUUCUGCUCUCGCGCUCUCUGCUCCGCGAUUCCCUCGACCCCGAGAUGGUGGAGCGCAUUCCCGGGCGGCAGAGUGAGCGCAAGACGGCGCUGGGCGAGCUCAACUGGAUCUUCACGGCCGUCACCGACACCAUCGCCUGGAACACCCUCCCCACGCACCUCUUCCAACGCCUGUUUAGACAAGACCUGCUGGUCGCGUCGCUGUUCCGGAACUUUUUGUUGGCGGAGAGGGUGAUGAGGGCGAGUGGGUGCACGCCUGUGUCGUACCCGCGGCUCCCACCCACGAACCAGCAUCACCUCUGGCACGCGUGGGACAUGGCAGCGGAGAUGUGUCUGGCACAGCUGCCAACGCUCCUUGCAGACCCCAACGCCGAGUUUCAGCCCAGCAGCUUCUUCUCACAGCAGCUGAUGGCGUUUGAGGUUUGGCUGGAGCAUGGCAGCGACAAGAAGAGACCCCCAGAGCAACUUCCCAUCGUGCUGCAGGUGCUUCUCAGUCACUCGCACAGGUUGCGAGCUCUUGUGCUGCUGGGCCGAUUCCUUGACAUGGGACCAUGGGCUGUAGACCUGGCGCUCUCAGUGGGAAUAUUCCCCUACGUUCUCAAGCUGCUGCAGACCAGUGCAGUGGAGCUGCGGCAGAUCCUCGUGUUCAUCUGGACCAAGAUCCUGGCUCUUGAUAAGUCAUGCCAGGUGGAUCUGGUGAGGGACGGCGGCCACAUGUAUUUCAUCAAGUGCCUUGAGACCCACGAGCCCUACUCCUCCGACCCCAGGGAGCGGGCCACAGUGGCCUUUCAGCGAGCCAUGGCUGCGUUUGUGCUCGCGCUCAUAUGCGACGGUCAUCCCAAGGGGCAUCAGGCGUGCCUGCAGGCGGGACUCAUCCCUCUCUGCCUGAUGCACAUUCAAGCUGCGCCUCCAGCAGAGCCGUUGCUGCUGCAAUGGCUGUGCCUGUGUGUGGGCAAAUUGUGGGGGGGAGCGCCAGAGGCACAGGCAGCGGCGUUGGCUCAGCAUCGCGCCCCUCAGAUCCUUUCCCGUUAUUGUCAGAGCCACAGCCAGAGGUUCGAGCGGCAGCGACGUAUGCCCUGGGCGCUCUGA